AUGGAAGAGCUCAUCAAUCCCAACCCCGUCAUCCAUGCUCGCCGCCACACCCAGCGGCGCGCUAAUGGCCCCGUAGCGAGCUGCGGCAGCGGCAUCCUCGACGCUACCAGCGCAGCCGAGUUAGCGGCGGGCCGAGAGCCUAUCGACGGCCUGGAGGUGUUUGAGCACCUGCGCGACAUCACGGACCCCGAGCACCCCUACACGUUGGAGCAGCUGAACGUGCUGGAUGAGGCUCACAUAGAGGUGGACGACGUGCGGGGCACGGUCAGGGUGCAGUUCACCCCUACUGUGGAGCACUGCAGCAUGGCAACGCUCAUCGGCCUCUGCAUCCGUGUCAAGCUACUGCGGUGCCUUCCGACACGCUUCAAGGUUGACAUACAGCUAUCGCCGGGCUCCCACGUGUCCGAGGCGGCCGUAAACAAGCAGCUCAACGACAAGGAGCGCGUCGCGGCCGCCCUCGAGAACCCCGCCCUGCUCAGCAUGGUGGACAGGUGCCUCGCGUCGUCAGACGGCGAGGGCGCAGCCAACUUGGGGGGCGGCGCGUAG